UCCUUCGAUCUUCGUGUCUUCCCUUCAAAAAGUCUCCCCCCUUAAAAAAGUGCUUUUCCAAACCUCUUCUUCCUUCCUUCCUUUCACCGCCCCUACCUUUCACUCCCCCCUCUCCUCACCGUGAUUUUUCCCACUUCAAGUUCUCAACUUUCAGCUUUUUUGUUCUGCUUUUCCAUCCCAGUCUCAUGAAAUCCAUUCAAAUGUAGUGGCAGUGGGAAGAACAAGAAUUUUUUUUUUUAAACAAAAAAAAAAAAAAAAAAAAAGUGCUUAUGCAAAAAUGGCUUUUCAGGACCAUCUACCCCACGAAAUCACUUUUCAGCAAUUCACGGACGAGCAACAGUUAAGUCAGGGAAGAGACAUGCAGAGGCUUCUACCUCUCUCUGCCGGCGGAGGCGGCGGAGGAGCAGCUCCGACGUGGCUCAACAACGCGGCGACCCUUCGGCAACAGAAUUUCCUCCACUUGCAACCGGACUCAACAGUGCAAAACGACGACGUUCGGGGCAUGAUGGGGUCAGAGAAAAGCAUGGAUCGGAACCGGACGGAGAGUAAUUGCGAAUCGGAGGAUUUGGCAGAAUACAAAGCAGACAUUUUGGGACACCCUCUUUACGAUCAACUGUUAUCGGCUCACGUUUCGUGUUUGAGGAUUGCCACUCCCGUUGACCAGCUUCCUCGGAUCGAUGCUCAGCUUCAACAAUCGCAGCGCGUGGUUGACAAGUACUCUGGCCUUGGAAAUGGAGUUGUUGAUGAGAAGGAACUUGAUCAAUUCAUGACGCAUUAUGUUCUAUUGCUUUGCGCUUUUAAAGAACAAUUGCAACAACAUGUUCGCGUUCAUGCCAUGGAAGCUGUUAUGGCUUGCUGGGAGCUCGAGCAGUCUCUACAAAGCUUGACUGGUGUAUCUCCUGGGGAAGGAACUGGUGCAACUAUGUCCGAUGAUGAAGAAGACCAGGCUGAGAGCAAUGCAAACUUAUACGAAGGAAGCAUGGAUGGUGCUGAUAGUCUCAGCUUUGGCCCUCUUGUUCCCACUGAAAGUGAAAGAUCUUUGAUGGAGCGCGUGAGGCAGGAGUUGAAGCAUGAGCUUAAACAGGGUUACAAGGACAAGAUUGUGGACAUAAGAGAAGAAAUUCUACGAAAGAGAAGAGCGGGGAAGCUUCCGGGGGACACUACCUCUCUUUUAAAAGCUUGGUGGCAGUCACAUUCUAAAUGGCCCUAUCCAACGGAAGAAGACAAGGCUAGGUUGGUGCAGGAAACAGGUUUGCAAUUAAAGCAGAUAAAUAACUGGUUCAUAAAUCAAAGAAAAAGGAAUUGGCAUACUAACCCUUCGUCCUCUAGUGGCUCCAAAAGCAAGCGUAAGAGUAGUGGUGCAGGUGAAACAAGUAACCAGAGCUUCAUGUGAAUGGACACCUGUUUUAAACAGGACCCAAAUAUAUAUAUAUAUAUAUAUAUAUAUAUAUAUAUAUAUAUAUAUCAGUAUUCUUCAUUUUAUGCGACAAUGGUGGAGAUUGAUGGGACCAGAGCUUACAGAGAAAAGCAUGAAACUGAAAUAGUGGAAUAUGGAUGUUAAAGCGGAAUUUAUGAUACCAAUCACUGUUUAGAAAUAGUAUUUACGUUGUUCAAUUACAGAAAAACCUAGUAUUGUUGUAUAUGAGGCUGCUGCUUGAUACCUGAUAUUUUUGCAGGCACAAUGUAUUCGGGGUUUAAUGGGUAUCUAUAAAAGCAUGCUGAUACAUAUAUAUAUAUUUGUAAUGCAUUGCUUUGAAAAGAAAAUGUACUGCAAAUUUCAUGAUCGGUUCUGUUUGUUACAUACAUGGGUUUGUACAGCUGGUAUGUCAUAUGUGUGAAUUAGAAAGCAAGCAUACAACUC